CUCUGGCAUAUUGGAGACAGUGGAACUGCAAUUACCACAAGGGCGCAUACGCGGUGCAACACGCGAGACUGUCAACGGCAUUACCUACUAUAGUUUUGAGGGCAUUCCUUAUGCCCAGCCGCCGGUUGGGAAAUUACGUUUUCGGACACCCAAACCUUUUGGGAAUUGGAAAGACACGCUUGAUUGCACAAACAGUCCACCCAAGCCUGUGCAAAAGAAUAAUCAGGCUGGCAAAGCCGAUGGUAGCGAGGAUUGUCUUUAUCUGAACGUUUUCACGAAAAAUAUAGAUGCAGUUUCCAAGCAAAUGCCUGUAAUGGUUUGGAUAUAUGGCGGCGGAUUUCAGUCUGGACAUGCAGCACGCGAUCACCAUGGACCAGAUUAUCUUCUACAAGAAGAUAUUGUAUUUGUUUCCUUGAACUAUAGACUUGAUUCGUUGGGUUUUCUUAGUUUAAGUGAUCCAAAUCUUGAUGUACCUGGUAAUGCCGCUCUCAAAGAUCAACUGCUGGCUCUAAAAUGGAUAAAAAAGAAUAUUCACUACUUCGGUGGCAAUUGCAAUAACAUCACACUUUUGGGUGAAAGCGCAGGCGCCACAUGUGUACACUUUUUGUCGUUGACCGAACAGUCGCGUGAUCUUUUUCAGCGGGCAAUUCUGAUGUCCGGCUCCGCUCUCUGCCCUUGGGCUUUAAUGACUCGAAGAGAUUUGGCUUACCAAUUGGCUGUUCGCCAUGGCUAUAAGGGUGAAAAUAAAGACAGUGAUGUGCUUGCGUAUUUGGAAAAUUUAGAUGCGGGGAAAUUAGUUGAGCAUUCAUUGGUCAACGACGAUGAAAGUCGUUAUUUUCUACCGCUGACCUUUGCUCCGACUGUAGAACCUUAUGAAUCCGAUAAUUGCAUAAUUCCUAACGAACCGUUUAAUAUGUUAAGGACAGCUUGGAGUAAUAGUAUUCCUAUGCUUAUGGGUGGCACUUCGUUUGAAGGACUGCUGUUGUAUCCACAUCUGAAGAUGUCUCAACAUAUUCUGGAUAUUGUUAGACAGCUGCCAGAAAUAUUGCUGCCUGCUGAAGUGAGACGUGCUCAUAAUAAAAUUGAGAACCGAAUUAUGAGUGAGCGUAUACUUAAAUUAUAUUUCGGUGAGCAGAAGGACGAAGUGGUGUUAAAGCAGCCAAAUCAAGAUCCCUUAUUCGAUUUAAUGCAUCUCUGCUCGCACAGGCUUUUCUGGCAUGGUCUGCAUCGCACAGCACUUGCCCGCAUGAAAUAUGCCACGGCCAAUACAUUUCUCUAUCGAUUUGACUUUGACUCGCCCACCUUCAAUCAUCAUCGCUUACGCUUCGGCGGCGAGGACUGUGUAAACGGUGUUGCACAUGCCGAUGAUCUCUCAUAUUUAUUCUAUUUGCAAGAAUCUAGGAAAUUGGCCGAGGAAUCACACGAGCAUGUAACCAUUCAACGCAUGGUUGGUAUAUGGACAACUUUUGCGAAAUUGGGUGAUCCGAAUGGUGCGCAUAUCGAACCUCAUAUUUGGCUACCAAUAGAAAAGAAAAGUGCCGAUUAUGGGCUAAACAUUAGCCAUGAGGUACAAGUAAUGCAAAUACCGGAUGCGCCUAAGCUGGCCGCAUGGGAUGCUUUAUAUGACAAGCGAAUGCUCUAUGGUUCAGUGUCUGAUAUAGAGGAGGAUUUCGAAGAGAGUACGAGCACUAAAUAAUCAACUACCGUAGAUAAAUAAAUAAGCAAAAAGUAAAAGAUAUAUAUGUA